AUGCUCGCCUGUCUUUUGCCUACAAUCGGACGCGAGUUAAAGGCUUUGGCAGUGACAAAGCUGCUCCUUGGUGCGCGCGUUGCGCUACCAGGGGCAGCACUCUGUUUGUGCUGGCGUAUACGCCAUUAUGCGUUAGGAUCUACUGUAGAGCGGGGACGCAGCGUCCUUUCAUUUGAUUAUCUCAUGUGUCUCCUCUUGCCUAUUGUGUACAUGGCGUUCCAUAUUAUUGUGCAAGAUUAUCGAUUUAAUCUCACCGAAGACGUCGGCUGCACGCCUUCUGUCUAUGCUUCUGUGCCUUCGUUGAUUUUGGUCUGGCUACCGCCCUUUCUCCUAUCACUUGCAACAUUCAUGAUCACGACUAUGAUCAUAUCCCACCAACUCACCACAACCCGCGUAUUCUCUGGCGGCUCACAUGGACUCAUCACGAUGGCAGUACUUCGCCCUUUGAUUGUAUCCUUUAUGAUUGUUUUGUUCAUCACCAUUUCUACCGGUUUCUUUAUUUACGCCAGCGUCACGACUGUGCCUGGCUUCUCCCCUUGGACAUCCUGGGCUUCGGUGCAUUAUAACCUCUCUCGCGCCAACAUCAUCCCAUUUGCGGAUCGUGCUGAGAUAGUCAGCAUCGAGCUUGCUUGGUGGGUGAUCCCGGCAUCAUCGUUGGUGUUCGUUUCCACGAGUAUUCUGGGUUUCGUCUCCAGCUCGCGCGAAGACGCGCUUAGUGGGUAUCGCGAGUUGUUCUCUCGUGUCUGUGCCUCGAUACAUUUCUACGACCAUCGUCAUCUCCUUCCCAGUCAGUCCGCGAAUGUGCAACCACAUAUGACUCUACGAUCAGUCGAGACUCUGGCAGCUGCACAGCUCAAAUCCGGCUGGGACGAUGACCUUGAUGCGAAGCCGUGGAAGAAACGCAGGCCUUCACCCAUCUCCAUUGUGAUUCCUAAAAGUGUUACCACUUCACCUCCUGCGUCAACUGCUUCUUGUGAUGCGGAUGCGUCGUUUGCGCAGUCGACUUUGACAUACCUUCAGUCUCCAACUGGGCGCGACGCGCUCGGCCUCGCCUCACCCCCGCCUUCGAGUUGGAAAGCAGCCAAGCCGCCGUCACCGUUGCUCGAAACACCUGUAUCUUCGAAUUCGCCGUUGCAGCCACCAUCCACGAUUCCCGACUCGCUUCCCGCGUCGCCGCCUCACUCUAUUCUCUCUGCGCCCUGGCCGCGUCCUCCAUCCGCCAUCCCAGUUUCCCCUGUUGCGCCCAUCGCUGUGCACCCUCCUUCUCCCAAACCCACAUAUCCCCGCUCUCGCCCACCAAGUAUCGCUUCGGUGUCCGCCAGCUUUGCUUCAUCGACGGUCAGCACGUCCGCAUACGCUCCCGACCCCGCGCUCGUGUUGCACGACUCGCCGACGCUGCCGCACUUCCCGCCCUUCGCCGACUCGGGUAUACCUACGAUGCGCGUCCCUGGUCAAAGUCUAACUCUGGCAGUUCCGGAGCGCGCACACAAGGUGCGCCGCAAAGACAGACUUCUGACGCGGAACUUGAGCCUCAGCAUGCGCGGGCGUGAGAAGACACGCGAGGACGUGGGCGCGAUCUACAUGACGGUGGUGAAAGAGACGGUUUGA